GAGGUGCAGUUGUUGGCGGAGAUAAAUACCAAUUAUACUCGAUGGCACACCUGUGUGCAUUGUUUCUCCAUCAGCUUGCAGGGGAGGUUGGCAAACGAAAUACCCUCUUCCAUCGAUAGAACUGUCAUAAUUUUUCAGGAUGGAGUCUGCAGCUGAGACCAGCACUGCAGGAGUUUCAGUAAAAGAUGACCUUUCAGAAAAAUGUCAGAAGUUAUUUCUUGAGUUCUUGGAGGAGUUUCAGGACACAAACGGGGAGAUUUUGUAUCAACCUGAUGCUGAGGAGCUCAUUCGACCAGAGAGAAACACACUGACUGUAAACUUCACCAACAUUGAGCACUUCAAUCAGCAACUAGCUACCACUAUUCAGGAGGAGUAUUACAGGGUAUACCCAUUCCUAUGCAGAGCAGUCCGUUACUUUGCAAGAGAUCAUGGGAACAUGCCAGUAGCCAAAGAGUUCUAUGUGGCCUUCUCUGACUUUCCAUCAAGACAAAGGAUCCGAGAGCUCUCCACGGCCCGGAUCGGGUCCCUACUGCGUAUCAGUGGCCAGGUGGUGAGGACACACCCAGUGCACCCUGAGCUGGUCAGUGGUACCUUCCUGUGUCUGGAAUGCCAGUCCGUUAUGAAAGAUGUUGAGCAGCAGUUUAAAUACACCCUGCCCAACAUUUGUAAGAACCCAGUCUGUGCCAAUCGACGUCACUUCAUGCUGGACCCCAACAAGUCCCGUUUUGUGGACUUUCAGAAGGUGCGUAUCCAGGAGACCCAGGCGGAGCUGCCUCGUGGCUCCAUCCCCCGCAGUGUGGAGGUGAUCCUGAGGGCAGAGGCUGUGGAGAUGGCUCAGGCAGGGGACCGCUGUGACUUCACCGGCACACUGAUCGUCGUACCAGAUGUCGCUGCCCUGGCUGUGUCAGGCACCAGGGCAGAGACCAGCAGCAGAGUGACUGGGGGGAGGCAGGGCUUUGAUGCAGAUGGGAUCCAGGGACUGAAGGCUCUAGGUGUCAGGGAUCUGUCCUACAGACUGGCCUUCCUAGCCUGCUACGUGGCCCCCACUAACCCUCAGUUUGGUGGUAAAGAUCUACGACAGGAAGACCAGACUGCAGAGAGUGUGAAGAACCAGAUGACUGUUCAGGAGUGGGAGAAAGUGUUUGAGAUGAGUCAGGACAAGAACCUCUACCACAACCUCUGCACCAGCCUCUUCCCCACUAUCCAUGGGAAUAAUGAGAUCAAGCGUGGAAUCCUAUUGAUGCUCUUUGGCGGUGUUGGCAAGACGACCAUGGAGGGCACCUCUCUGAGGGGGGAUAUUAAUGUUUGCAUCGUUGGGGACCCCAGUACCUCCAAGAGCCAGUUCCUAAAACACGUGGAGGACUUUGCGCCCAGGGCAGUCUACACCAGUGGGAAAGCCAGCAGCGCGGCCGGGUUGACGGCAGCUGUAGUGAAAGAUGAGGACUCCCAUGAGUUUGUCAUCGAGGCUGGGGCCCUCAUGUUGGCGGAUAACGGAGUCUGUUGCAUUGAUGAGUUUGACAAGAUGGACCUGAAAGACCAGGUAGCCAUUCACGAGGCCAUGGAACAGCAGACCAUCUCCAUCACUAAGGCUGGUGUGAAGGCCACUCUGAAUGCUCGCACCUCCAUCCUGGCGGCUGCUAACCCCAUCGACGGGAGAUACAACCGCUCUAAGUCUCUGAAACAGAACGUCAACAUGUCAGCACCCAUCAUGUCCAGAUUUGACCUCUUCUUCAUUCUGAUUGAUGAGUGCAAUGAGGUGACAGAUUAUGCCAUAGCCAGGCGUAUCGUAGACCUGCACUUUAGAAACAUGGAGUCUGUGGAGCGAGUCUACGCCACUGAUGAGAUACAGAGAUACAUACUGUUUGCUCGGCAGUUUAAACCAAAGAUCACAGCAGAGGCAAAAGAGUUUGUGGUGGACCAGUACAAGCGUCUGCGUCAGCGGGACAGCAGCGGCAGCACCAAGUCAGCCUGGCGUAUCACCGUCAGGCAGCUAGAGAGCAUGCUCCGACUAUCUGAGGGCAUGGCCAGGCUCUACUGCUCAGAUGAGGUGCAUCCCAAACACGUUAAGGAGGCCUUCCGGCUAUUGAAUAAGUCUGUCAUCCGCGUCGACUCCCCAGAUAUCAACUUCGACCAGGAACAAGACGAUGGGGAAAUGAAUGAUCAGAAUGACAUGAUGGGCACUAAUGGCAAUCAUGCAGAGGAGGCUAUGGACACAGAGCAUGGGGCAGGCAGACCAGAGAAGACCAGCACUGCCAAGCCUGCCCUCAAGAUGACCUUUGCUGAGUACAGAAGAGUCUCCAACCUCAUUGUUUUUCACAUGCAGAAGAUGGAAGAUGUUGAUGAGUCGUCACUGAAGAUGAGCGAGCUGAUUAACUGGUACCUGAAAGAAAUGGAGAGUGAGAUAGAGUCAGAAGCUGAGCUGGUUGCCAAGAAGAACCUUAUAGAGAAAGUGCUUCACAGACUAAUCCAUUAUGACCACAUUAUCAUAGAGUUAACGAAGACUGGGCUGAAGAAAGUUAGUGAUGAGGGAGAGGAACCUGUCAUCGAAGAGGACCCCUUCUUAGUGGUCAACCCCAAUUACAUCCUGGAAGAUUAGGUAGGGUCCACCUCAGCCAUAGAUAUCGUGGAAGUAAUUGAACUCAGGCUUAUCUGUAAGUAAUUUGUGAUUGCAGCUACAGUAGCCUACUGUCAACUUGUUUUGCUGGCAUGUUGCUAUUGACUUUCUAUUAAAAAAAACAUUGAACACUUGU